AUGUAUCGUUACAACCAAACUGCUCCAGGAUCAAGUACCUCACAAACCGAUUUGCCUUUAAAGCGUAGUCAGCAUUCUGAAGAUGAAGAAAGUGCUUUUUGGUCGUGGCAUAGCGCUGACAAAAAAAAAGAAAAUCAAAUGGAUGAUCAACAAUUUCAACACGACGAGGGCAUUAAAAGAGUACCGCCAAAUUACAGAAAAUGGAGCACAAAUACGCAAACAUUUAUCCGACAUCCGUUUUCUCCUUCAGUAAUGAAGGAUCUUAAUCUAAAACAAUAUCUAGAGUUCAUGGAAGACGAUGUGUUGAUAGUACGUUGUAAAAUACAUAAGCUAUUAUAUAAUGAAGAUAUGGACGAAGAAGAAAGAGAAGACGCUAUUGAUCUGAUAAAGAACAGCAGCAGUAGUAGACAUAUAAAAACAGCUUUCAAAAUAACUAAAGAUAUUAUUUCUCACAUUUUCAGUAGCAGCAUUUUAAAGAAACAAGAAAGUGAAGCUAAUCAAAUCUUUGAGUUGUUGCGGCCAUUUUUAACACAUUGCUGGAUUUUACGGCUAACUGGAGUGAAAUAUGAUUGGUUAACCUAUCCUCCACAACAUUCUUCAAGUCAGUUAAUGAUCCAUGAUUAUAUUUUAUUUGUUGAACCCUAUGCAUCAAUUACUUUCGAGCUUUGUUUUGUUGAAGUAAAGAGAAAGGGAAACGAUUAUAAAGGAAAUUAUGAGUUUGAUUUAGUAAAACUGGAUCAUGUAGCAACAGCUUUUAAAAUAGACCUUAAAUAUAAUGAACAGUACCAAAUGGUGAAGAUAAGUGCGUUUAACUUUAUUAGAAAGACACCUGAUGAUAUUUUGCUUUUGCCCACCCUAAUGGAGAAACUCAAACAGAUGAAACGUAGCACUGAUGCAUUUUAA